AUGAGCAAUAGGAGAACUUGCUCAUAUUGCUUUAGAAUUAUUAACAUAAAAAAUAACAAUUAUAAACCAUCCGUGGACCACUCACUUCAAGAUGCCCAGAUAAAUAUCACUCCAGGAGAAGCCUUAACCGCUAUUAAAUCUUUUCCAAACGAUACUGCUCCAGGGCUGGAUUACCUUCGACCCUUAUUUAUUAUUGACCUCUUGGGUUUAGACAGUUCCGAAUUCCUACUUAAUUCUUUAACGAAAAUUUUUAAUCUUAUUAUCAACGGGAAAUUACCACAUAAACUAGCACCAAUAAUCUUUGGUGCUAGAAUAAUUGCCCUUGAAAAAGCUGAAAAUCAAGUGCGCCCAAUAGCUAUUGGAAUUUUCUAUCGACGAACCAUUCCAAAAAUUAUUUGUAAUCGACUCAAAUCUACAAUAACCUUAAGCUUAGCUCCUUACCAAGUGGGGUUUGGAGUAAAAGGAGGCUGUGAAGCUGCAAUCCAUUGCAGUCGACUAGUUUUAUCCAACCUAAAACCUGAAGAUUAUAUAGUAAAAUUAGACAUAUCCAAUGCCUUUAAUUCAAUUAAUAGGAAUAAAAUGAUCGAUACUUUCUUGGAAACAUUCCCUGACUACCACAAUUACAUCCAUCUUAGCUAUGGCAUUCCUUCCUUACUCAAAUUUAAUGAUUAUAUUAUUAAUUCUGCAGAAGGCCUCCAACAGGGUGACCCAUUAGGACCACUACUUUAUUUCUAUAUCCUUAAACACCUAAUAAGUGAUAUUGCUUUUUCAUGCAAACUCAAUCUACAUGUUUGGUAUCUUGACGAUUGUACUAUAUCGGGGACCAUUUCUUCAAUCCAGAAUUGUCUAGAUAUAAUCAACAAACACUUUGAUGAACUUAAUUUAUCCUUAAAUAUGAAUAAAUGCGAAAUUUAUCCUUCUCCGCCUCCAACAGACACCAUAUUAGAUAACUUUAGACCCACACCCUUACAAGAUUUCAGUAUAUUAAGAGCCCCAUUGGGAGGUGCAGAGGGAGUUUUUAAUUUUUUAAAUAAUCACCUUCAAUCACUAUUCCCCAAACUAUCAAUCUUAAAAAAAUUACCCAUCCAUCAAGCAUACUACAUUCUCAAAAACGCCCUUUUAUUACCACAAAUCCAGUAUUGUUUAAAAACUUCUGGUGCCUUCUCUUUUGAAAUUCUUUUAAAAGAAUAUGAACAAAAGAUACUACAAAUAAUGUCAGAGUUAUUAAACAUCAAACUCGAUUCUAAGUCAUGGCUUCAAGCAACUCUCCUUUGUAAAUCCGGAGGACUAGGCCUAAGAUCGGCAUUAAGUAUAGCCCUUGUUUCCUUCAUCUCAUCAACCCUAUCAUUAAAAAAUAUUGCCUCGCAAAUUAUUACCAUCGAUAAAGAUAAUUUAUUAGAUGAAGCCUUACGUUGUUGGAACAUUAAUGUUUUGCCAAACACAGCCCCGCCAGAUUCAAAUAAACAAAAAGAUUGGGAUCAAGGAUUGGUAUCUCGUUCCUUAGCUUACCUCAACUUGAGCGAUGAUCACCAAUAUAAAUCCCUCCUAAGAUCUCUUAAUUUCAACAACUCUGGCCAUGAAUGGUUAGAUUCAUAUCCCAGUAUUUUAAAUAACCAGCUAAUAGAUAACGACGCUUUCCGUUAUGCAAUCAAUUUACGCUUGGGCGUAACUUUCCUAAACCAUUAUAUUUGCAAUAAAUGCAAUCAAUCGGCAGACGCGUAUGAGAGACACGCUCUCCCCUGCAAAUUUAUAUCAAAAGUCAGCCGACAUGAUAAAAUAAAUGCAAUAAUAGCUUCUUUUUUAAAUAAAACCAUUUUCCCUUGUAUUUUAGAACCUACAUCCUUUUCAGAUAAAAAACGACCUGACAGUAAAACCGUCGUACCUUUUUUCAUGAAAGCCUUUAAUGUGGAAUUUUACCUGCAUUGA